AUGAUAAGUAUGGACCUUCGCAGAGCAGCCUCCCCUCUUGGGACCGGCCUGGCCUUGCGGUGGAGCAUUAAACGCGCCCCGACGACGAAGCGGUCCUCUUGGAGGCACCAGCGGUCCAGAAACAGCCGCCGCCGGGGACGCGGCAGCGCAGCCGCGGGGCUCGGCGCGUCUCUGCCCGCGCAGAGCAGCGUCGGGCUGCCCGGGACCGCUCCGGAGGCCAGAGCCAGGCCCCGAGGAAGCGGUUGCAGGUUUCCCUUCUACUAUGAGAUCAAGAUGGCCUUUGUGGUGUGGCUCCUGUCUCCUUACACGAGAGGGGCCAGCCUGCUGUACCGCAAGUUUGUGCAUCCCACAUUGUCCAGCAAAGAAAAGGAAAUUGACCACUUCAUCCUCCAAGCUAAAGAGCGUGGCUACAAGACUCUUGUGAGCUUUGGGAAGAAGAGCAUCAACGUGGCAGCCGCAGCAGCUGUCCAGGUGGCCGCAAAAAGCCAAGGUGCCCUGGCAGGGCGUUUGCACAGCUUCAGCAAUCAGGACUUGCGUUUCAUCUCAGAAACAGCCACGGUGCAUUAUUCAGGUCCCCUCUACCUGGAGGAACAGGAGGUCUGCCGACGACCAAUUGGGCGCAGGCCAGUGAUGCAGCCACUGGGUUCUGAUAGCAACGAGGAGAACUACUGGUCAGACUCUGAACUGUCUGCCACUUCGGGAGGCUGCUGCCAGGACCUCCCUCUCCCUAAGCCAUUGGCAAGGAGCCAAAGCCUUCGCCAGGUGAAAAAGAAGCCACCAGCUAAAGAGGGUUCUACUCGGGGGGUGCGAAGUCGUCUCCGGAAGAAGACACCAGAUCAAGACAGCUAGGCUUCCUGCAGAGAGGCGUGGCUGCCAACUCCCUGAGCUGCUUGGGGGUGAGGCUUCAGGUCUGGCACCUCUUUUUAUUUUUCCACAGCCAAAUCGACCCAACAUACUGUUGAGUUCUGGCUGUGGAGGAGAAUGACUGGCAUCUCUGGCUGCCUUGGGGACCACGACUGAGCAUCAUGCAAGUUAACUCUGGACCGCAUUGAGCGACAGCCUUCUUCCCUGUUUUGGUGCUGCCUUUUGAUGUGGGUGUUCUGAGUCUCCAGCCUGAGGCACGGUGCCUGAACUGAUGCAACACUAGGAGCCAUUAGCUGGGCAUCUCUUGAGCCCCAUUGGUCCUCUCAGCCCGGAGCAUCCCUGUGGUGCUGCGGGUCCUGGGUCCCUGCCGUAAAGCAGAAGCCAAAGAAAGGACACGCUGGUUUUGUGCUUCCUCGCCCUCCUGCGGGGUCGCACUUCGCUUUGCUCCUCUCCUGCCAGUGAAGACGCAGAGUCGGGCUCUUGCUGUGCCAGGCGCCUUUGUAAUUUUAGUCUUUCAAUAAACGCGUUUCUCUU